AUGAUCCAUAGAUGUCUGAAGAAGGAUCCGACUUGUACCAUUGAUUCACUUGGUUCGCCCUCUGAUCACGAUGACAUGCAGCUCAGGCAGUUAGGACCUCUGCAAGAUGAAUUACCUGACUUCACCAUUGAUGAAAUGCAUCGACAGCUCGUCAAGUUUAUCAUUGUUGACGACCAGGCAAUCAAUCUCAUUGAAUGCCCUGAAUUUUGUCGACUGAUCCGUCUUCUGCAACCGGAGUUGAAUGAUUCUGACAUCUGUCACCGCACCAAAUUGUGGGAAUUGAUCCUUGACGCUUUCGAUGACUACUUCGAGGCCUUAAAGAGCGACCUUGCGAAGGCGCAAGGAAAGAUCUUGUUUACCUCUGACUGUGAAGAUUGGACUAAUGUGCUCGUCUUAAAGGCAGCACUAAUAGCUUUUCACCAUACCCCAGGGAGUCAUGCAGGAGAUAGCCUGGGCUCAUCCAUACUGGGCCUCCUCGAUCGUGCCAAUUCGGGUCAUUUCACUCUCAAUAAUGCAGGAAACAAUCAUACUUCCAUGCAAGAGUUAUCGCAUCUAUUGGAAUCACGCGGGGUACAUUUUCAUCCUGUCAAACAGAGGAUCCCGUGCUUUCCUCACAUCAUCAACAUCUGUGUGAGGCAUGUUCUCGAUGACUACUGGAAAGCCAAAUUUUUAGGUGUGGUUGACAGAUGGGUAGUUGAAGGUAAGACCAUCGACAAAGAUACGUAUGUUGAAGCCAUCCAAGGCAAAGCCCUGGAUCGGGUGAGGCUCCUCAUACGCACCAUCCGCACAUCAGACAAACGACAUAAUAGUUUUAGGGUAAUCAUUACCAUGGGAAACGACAAGAAGUGGUUCCAAGACGACUCAGGUGCAAUCAUCCAACUCCCUGUCGUGCAACUGCUACAUGACAAGCCCACACGUUGGGAUUCAACCUACUGUGCCUGA